UCCCAAUAUACCCCACACGAUGAACACAGCCCGUUACAAAAAUCUUUGAAAAUUAUCGCCCAACACAUUCCGAUUAAUUAUCGCGCAGGAAGAUGGCUUUAUGGAAUCGCAAAAUUCAUUGGCAAUUCGGCGGAAAUGUCCAACCUGUUCGCAUGAUUUGCGAAGUCGAUUGGAAAUCUUGUCCUUUUACAAUUCUAAAUUAUCUCUGGUCUGAGACUGUCACUGAUGUCAUUGACUACGUCACUGGUACGGAUGGAAUAUUAUGGCGGGUCAUCAUUUCGGUCUGCUGCAUGCUGCUCGUCCUCUACACUUUCUGGUCGAAAAUUACAGAGAUAAUCGGUAAUAUCAUGACGGAAUACGUAUUCAAUGGGAUAAAUUUCAAGCUCAAGAGUCUUGAAAUGAGAGUGAAUGUCCUGGCCUACAGAAUGCAGUACGGAUCUUGGCCCCUUCCUCACAUAGAUAAGAAUUCAGAAAUAAUCAGAAUAGAGGAUCGUCCGGAGGAUUUGUUUACCCUCGACAGCCCUAACUCCGGUUGCACUAGAUCCACGCACGAAUGUAUCUCGAAACCCCAUAAUUUAAAGCUUCAGCUCAACGACCCAGCAACCUGUGACGGGCCUUCAAACGCAGUUCGUAAUGAGGAUUCUGUCACAAGAAAGAGUUACCCCCGGCGAAAAUGCUGUAAUAAAUGCGUCAAAGGACUCCAAUCACACAAAAACCUAUUGAAUACAAAAUGUCAGGUUCGAGAAAUUAGAAAGUCGAUGGGGAUUCAAUGUCAAUCGAGUGACGAAUUGAAUGACGACGAGGGGCAGGUGGAGAUCCCCCUGAAGCUCCUUAGCAGUUCUCCAAACAUUUCCAAACUGUUUAGAUCUACAAGAAUCACAUUAAACAAGGUGCGUCAGCGAUUAGAGAGCCUUCACACAGUUUUGAAAAUAUACAGGAACGAACAAGGGGUCAGUUUGACCAGAAAAAAAACAGUUAGCGAAGUGAAUUUACUGGACAAUUUUCUCCAAAAACUCAGUGACUUUCAGGCUGGUACUGCUCAAAGCUAUGAUCCUCCAGUCGACAACAUUUCUGAUGAUUUAGUCACGUUGCAAAAAAAUCUUUAUACCCCUGAGGCGGAGGAAAAUAAAUUAAUUAAAUUGGAUGGGCAAGGUCAGUGCAACGAACAAUUUUCGGACAGUCUAAAUCUACCAGGUUCGGGGUAUUCUGCCAACGAACAUAACUGCGCUGAGAACGAAAUGAAAGUGAUGGAAAGGGACAAUGCGAUGCUCUCUGGGGACGAGGAAACUAUCGAGGAUUCAGGGGAUUCAGUGCUUACCGCUUCAAAAAAGGGCUAUCCAUCGCAGCCACUUGAUAGUAUAAUCGAGGAGCAGUCCGGAAAUAGUGGUAAUGAAGUCCCCCCUGACGGCAAUGAAGAUCACGAUAACCAGAAAGGAGAACCAAGGGUGAAUAAUCCAUAUAAAAAUCCGGAAUCAAAUAAUGAAGACAAAAAUGAACCUGGAUAUUCUAAGAACUCCGUGGAAGAUACUGUACCAUCGACCACAUUGCAACAGACCACUUCAAUAAUCACGGCUGAGGAGAGUCAGCAAUCUCAGGAAUUGUCGAAUGAAAAAAAAAACGAAGACACGAGAAAUGUAGAAAUGGCAGGUGAGAGUGAUUCACUAAGGGUGAAUAUUCCACAGAUAGAAAUAAAACAUGCAGACUGCGUGGACGAUACUGAUGAUGGUGGAUGUCUCCGAGAAAAGAACAUAAUCACUUGCCCGAGCACUCGGACUGAGGAAAUUAUACCAAAUGAUUCGACCAUUGGGAGAGACAGCAGUUGCUCAGAGUUCAUGAAAUUGGAGAAUAUAAAAUUCACAGCUCUAACCGAAAUCGAGAAUUCAUGGACGACUGAAUUAUUCGGGGAUGAACGUUUGCCCUACAGUGAGCCAUUGGCAUUAAAAAAUUCUUUCACGGGGAUCAACUUCACGAUUAAUGUAUUGUCCAACGAAUUUCGAGAGGGAAUAGCACGUCUGGGGGACGUGGUUGAUCCUCCUAUGUUAAAUUAUCCCGAAAGAAUCAAUGAAGAAAUGAAAAAUACACGUGAACCCAAGUUGGAAUUAGUGACUGCUAAAAAUAUUGCUGACGAGGGCCAUUUGUCGUUGAUCUUAUCCAGCACUUCCAUUGACAGCAGUAUCGAGGGGCCGAACCGCAAGGAAGGUCAAUCCCGAGAAAGAAGUGACCUUGACUUGAGUCGCGUAAAGCGUAAUACCGUAAAAAAUAAUAUGAGUAAAAGCAGUACUGAAUUGUCCUCGCGCAGAAGUAAGUCGUAUGCAGCCCGCAGAACGUCUGAGAUGUCCUCCAAGCGGCCAAGUACGCCGCAGAUUUCCCUAAACUCAACGCAUCGAAGAUCGAAAAUUAACGAGCAAAACAGAAGCGCAAGUUUAGACUGCAUUCAAAGAGAAGUUCCUCCGAAAUCUAGAUCCAAGUCGGGAAUUCCUGUUUUGAAGUCUAGGUUCAACGACGCUUCCACGAGAAGAAGCAGAGAUCGUUGCAAUCCUGUCAGGACUCCCUCGAUCACAUCGAAAACGUCACAAAUUUUAACUGCUAGGGAUUCCAGUAAAAAAUCAAUAACCUUGAGCCCAAAUGAGGAAAGUCUGACGCAUAAUUCGGAGGAACAAACGAUUAUCUACAUAAACAUCAUAAAUGAAUCACACAACAAUCCAGUGAAGAUGGAAAAUACCGAAGAGUUUUCGGAUUAUAUCAAAGAGAACAUCUUUAAAAUCCGGGGAUUAACAGAAUAUAUCAAAAACUCGGGAGUUUCAAAAAUCGUGACAAUCGUGUGCUCUGGUGACUCUCAAAGUGCCGACAGUCACUCACAAGAGGCGGAAAUGAUUUCUCAAAGAAAAUUCGUUAUCGAUACCAACAGCCUCGUAUGA